AUGGACAUCUUGCUAGAAGACGGUAUAAUCAGAGAAUCAACAUCACCAUUCUGUGCUCCAAUUGUUUUGGUGAAAAAGCGAGAAGCAAAUGCCUGGAGAUUCACCAUCGAUUUUCGAGGACUUAAUGCUAUCACGAAGCCACAGCAAUCAAUUUUGCCUAAUAUUCAGGACAUUAUUGAUUUGUGUGCUAAUCAGUGCCUUUAUUCGUCCCUUGAUUUCCAGCAAGGAUUUCAUCAAAUACCACUGGAAGAGGAACAUUGCGAGAGGACUGCAUUCGCAUGUUUUCUGGGAGCAUUUGAGUAUAUUCGGAUGCCAAUGGGACUCAAAGGAGCACCAGCCACGUUUCAGAGAAUAAUGGACGACUUCAAAAAGUACAUACGCGCAAGAGUCUUCAUUUAUAUCGAUGACCUUAUCAUAACCUCUGAAACCCCAGAAGAACACUUGGCAGAUAUCGAUGAAGUAUUGGGGAAGAUCGAAAUAAUUGGCAUGAAGCUGAAGGCGUCGAAAUGCGAAUUUGCAAAGGAAGAGAUCAAGUUUCUGGGAUUCAUCUUAAGCAAAGAAGGAAUAAGGCCCAACCCGGAUAAAACUAAAGCCAUCGACGACUACCCGCAGCCGACUAACCCGACAGACGUCAAAUCCUUUUUAGGAAUGUGCUCGUUUUUCCGAAGAUUUGUGCACAACUUCGCAGCCAUUGCAGCACUCAUCGCAUUGACAAAGAAGAAUACCCCUUUUGAGUGGACACCACAGUGCGAGGAAGCCAUGAAUCGCUUGAAGGAAGCAUUGACAUCCGCACCUAUUCUCGCAGCACCACGAUUGGGGAAGCCUUUUAUUAUAGAAACGGAUAGUUCGGCAAAAGGUAUCGCGGGAGUUCUUAAACAAGAACAGAAGGCCUGGAACGAGUCAUUGCCUAUGCAAGUCGCACUUUGA